UAACAGGACUAUUCAGUUUACUUUUUUGACAGUUUACUGAGCUGUAAGUGUGUACUUGCCUUAUAAACUUUUUGCAACAGGCCACACCAUUACCAAAAAUGGCGGCCAAAAAUCAAUUUUGAAUUCUGACAGACGGAGUUGCAAAAAAUUUGUCAUGAAUUAAUAAAUUAUUUACCGCGUAAAUAAAAGGCUCAUUCCGCUGUUAAUGCCUCUAACAUACGCCGGUUCUAAUACUUUAUCGGUCUAUUGUUCAUUUAAUGUCGUAGGAAGGUGAUAUCAUACAUUUUUGUGUUUCUAUUGUAGUCGAUGAUGUAAGAAAUUGAAGGUCUCGUAGGCUUUUGUGUAUGUUGUAGUUGUGUAUACUAUCGUGAACUUAAUAAGUAGUCAUGGAGGGCGAGGACGGCGGACUGGGUGCUGCGGAGAAAGAGGAAUGCGAGAGCAGCACUCAUUCGACGCCGCAGGAACACAAGUCUUUUGCUGAGUUUGCAAAAGAUAAGUUGGACAGUGCCGGGCGGGAGCUUCGCCGCCGCCUGCCCAUGGCGGGGCAGCUCGGGGCGCAUCUGAUGCACCCGCGGCGGCUCCUGCUGCACUCGACGCCCACACAACAGACCGAUGUUGUGCUUAUAUUCCCUAAAGACUGA